UGCUGAACUUUUAUCUUCUCAUCUCAUGUUUUCUCUAUAAAUACUCCCCAAAUACUAACCUAAAUCUCAUAUAAGUUCAUCCCAUCUUAAGCCAUCACCUCUCUCUCGAUAUAUUUGAUCUGAUCUGCUUCAUAUUUAUAACAGAAGUCGUAUAGUACUUAGUCAUAUCAUAAAAUGGCUAAGUUUUCAACUUUCUUCUUCAUCAUUGCUCUCCUCCUCUGCUCCACGGUAGCAAACGCAUCAGCCCGGCCUACUCCUACGUCCGUUUAUCCAGGAGAAAUCUCCGUUGAGAAAUUAGAAGAAGGAGAGGAGAACUGCGAAGGUGUUGGAGAAGAAGAAUGCGUCUUGAUACGAAGAACUUUGGCUGCUCAUACUGAUUACAUUUACACACAAAACCACAAUCCCUAAAUGAUUAAUUAGCUUAUAGUCAUUCAUUGGAAUAUUUUGGUAAAUGAUAUAGUGUGUCAUUGUACUUUCUUUAUAACUAGUCAAACUACUUCACGUUUGUAUUUAUAUGUAUCACUUGAUCUGAAAAUAUGUGUAUUGAUUAUUAGUGGGAAAGUUACGUACUAGCAGUCGUUUUCUU